AUGGGAGCAAAAUUUUCAAGUCCUAUUAAUAGUCUCCAUAACUUGGAAAACCAAGUUCAAGCUCUCUUUACGAAAUCAAUAAGUUUCAAAGAUGUGAAUGUGAAGACAGUGAUGCAAUCAUUCAGUUUCAACAGGCUUGUUUCAAAUCCAAAAGGAUUAGAACCAAAUGGUUGUGGGACUGGGAGCAUGCAACUUGAAGAACCUUCAAGCUUUGACAAAAAGGAAAUACUCUCACAUAUUAAGGAAAAUAAUACAGUGUUUGUUAAACCAGAAAGCUGUAACAAUUUCUCACAAAGAUCAAACACUGAAGAAAAGUCCGGUCCCGGCUUUGCCGAGCACGGUGGCCGACGAUAUCAAGCUGCAUUGAAGUUACAAAAGGUGUACAAGAGUUUUCGAACAAGGAGACAGUUAGCUGAUUGUGCGGUUGUUGCUGAGCAAAGAUGGUGGAAAUUGUUGGACUUCGCUGAACUUAAACGAAGCUCGAUAUCGUUCUUUGAGAUAGAAAAACCGGAGACGGCGGUUUCACGAUGGUCUAGAGCAAGAACCAGAGCUGCCAAAGUAGGAAAAGGAUUGUCUCAAGAUGAAAAAGCUCGAAAGCUUGCUUUGCAGCAUUGGCUUGAGGCGAUUGAUCCUAGGCAUCGUUAUGGUCAUAAUCUCCAAUUUUAUUAUGCCCAGUGGCUUCACUGUGACAGUAGACAACCUUUUUUCUAUUGGCUUGAUAUUGGAGAUGGGAGAGAAGUAAAUCUUGAAAAGUGCCCUCGACCAAAGCUUCAACAGCAAUGCAUCAAAUAUCUGGGUCCUGCCGAAAGGGAUGCAUUUGAAGUAGAGAUAAGGGAUGGGAAGUUUUAUUACAAGCAGAGUGGGGAAGUUCUUGAUACCACAGGAGGACCAACUGAUGCCAAGUGGAUUUUUGUUCUUAGUGCUUUUAAGACUUUGUAUGUUGGAAUGAAGAACAAGGGAACUUUUCAGCAUUCCAGUUUUCUCGCCGGCGGAGCCACGUUGGCGGCCGGUAGAUUGGUGCUGGAAGAUGGUGUUUUGAAGGCGAUUUGGCCUCAUAGUGGACACUAUCUCCCUACUGAAGAGAAUUUCCAGGAGUUCGUUUCAUUUCUUCAAGAACAUGAAGUUGAUCUCACAAACGUAGAGCAAAGCCCUUCUGAAGAUGAAGCCAUUAGCUGGAAGAACAGUAGUAUCCUUGAAAACAAUGAACCAAAAGAUGAAGGCUUGCAGCCAAUUGAGGCAACUAAUAACAAUGAAAACUCAAUUCAAGGGAACACUGAUUCAAAUGACCAAGAUUCUAAGGCUGUCCAAAAUGCCAAUAAAUCCACAUCAAGAUCAUCAGUAUGGUCAAAAAUAAGUAAACUCAAAAUACCAGCAAAAGACGAUGUGUUCGAUAUCUUUAAGAAAGAAACGUUGCCACUGAGUUGCCGCAAUGAGCGUCCGAAACCCACCGCGGAAGGUGGCUAUGAAACGGAGGAAGAAUAUCUAUCCGAUGAAGAUUUUCUCUUCACUAAAAUCAAUUUAUUUGGUGAUGAUGACGAUGAUAAUGAGGAAGAUAAGAAGCCUGUUCCAAAGGACAAAAUAAUGAGAAGGAUAGCCUCACAUAAAGAACCGAAGUCAUAUCAAUUAGCACAUCAAUUAUCCACCAAGUGGUCUACAGGGGCCGGGCCGCGGAUUAGCUGCAUGAGGGAUUACCCAUCGGAGCUUCAGUCCCGAGUUCUACAGGAAGCACACUUGUCCCCAAGAAGUGCCAAUGCAUUACCUCGAACACCAUCACGUUUUGUGUUGACACCAACAUCACUGGGUACAGAAACAAGUUCACUUAGAAGUCCAAUUGCACCUCCCCCUACAGCAAGUGGUAUAAAAGAGAAAAGCAAAAGCGUAGGCAGUUUUGAAACACAACUGUGAAUUCCGCAUAUCA